CAGGCCUCAGAAACCUUUGACCAGCUGUAUUGAUCUGGACUCCUGAACAGGCAGUUGGACCAACAGAGAGACGCCAUGAGGGCUCUCCUGCUUUUAGGGUCCCUGCUGGUGAGCCUGAAGUCAGUGCUUUCGACUCCACCUUGGAAAGUCCCCAAGGAGCACAAGCACAUGGCUGGCGAACACACAGUGGUUCUCACGGUCACUGGGGAGCCUUGCCACUUCCCCUUCCAGUACCACAGGCAGCUGCACUACAGAUGCAUCCACAGGGGCCGGCCAGGCCCCCAGUCCUGGUGUGCUACCACCCCCAACUUCGAGCAGGACCAGCGGUGGGGAUACUGCCUGGCGCCUAAGAAAGUGAAAGACCACUGCAGCAAACACAGCCCCUGCCAGAGGGGAGGGACCUGUGUGAACAUGCCCAGUGGCCCACACUGCGUCUGUCCAGAGCACCUAACCGGGAAGCACUGCAAGAGAGAGAAGUGCUUUGAGCCUCAGCUUCUGCGCUUCUUCCACGAGGAUGAGAUGUGGCAUAGGCUUGGGCCGGCAGGCGUGGACAAGUGCCACUGCAAGGGUCCCAAUUUCCACUGCAAGCCACUGCCCAGCCAGGCCUGCCGCAUCAAUCCGUGCCUCAACGGGGGCCGCUGCCUGGAGGCGGAGGGCGGUACCCUGUGCCGUUGCCCCGCAGGCUACGCGGGACCCACCUGCGAUGUGGACACUGAGGCGAAUUGCUACAAAGGCCGCGGGCUCAGCUACCGCGGCACCGCCGGGACCACGCGCUCGGGAGCGUCCUGCCAGCCGUGGGCUUCGGAGGCCACCUACCGGCACUUGUCUGAAGAGGAAAAGCUGAAACGGGGACUGGGCCACCACGCUUUCUGCCGGAACCCGGACAAUGACACCCGCCCGUGGUGCUUCGUGUUGAGCGGCGACCGGCUGAGCUGGGAGUACUGCCACUUGACACGGUGCCAGGCCCCAUCCGGAGCCGCGCCCCCGCUUUCCCCUCCGACCCGGGUCUCCCCGGAGGGCCAAGACCUGCCCUUGCCCCAGCCUUCGACCUUGCAAGGCCCUCACCCCACCAUCCAGAGCCUGCCUCAGUCCCAGACCCCAACCUCGCACGCGGCACCCGAGCAGCAGACUCCACUACCCACCGCGGGCCCGGCGGCCUGCGGGAAGCGGCUCCGGAAGCAGCUGAGCCGCAUUGUCGGGGGACUGGUAGCGAUGCCUGGAGCGCACCCCUACAUCGUCGCGCUGUACUGGGGAGAUAGUUUCUGCGCUGGUAGCCUCAUUGCUUCCUGCUGGGUGCUGACCGCGGCUCACUGCUUGCAGAACCGGCCGGCCCCGGAGGAGCUGACGGUGGUGCUGGGGCAGGACCGCCACAACCAGAGCUGUGAGCAGUGCCAGACGCUGACCGUGCGCGCCUACCGUCUGCACGAGGCCUUCUCGCCCACCACCUACCAGCACGACCUGGCCCUGCUGCGCCUGCAGGAGAGCGCGGACGGAAGCUGCGCGCGUCCGUCGCCCUACGUCCAGCCCGUGUGCCUGCCGAGCGGCGCCGCGCGACCUGCCGAGACCGAGGCUGCGCUCUGCGAGGUGGCCGGCUGGGGCCACCAGUUCGAGGGGUCGGAGGAAUAUUCCAGCUUCCUGCAGGAGGCGCAGGUGCCGCUCAUCCCCUGGGAGCGCUGCUCUGCCCCCGACGUGCACGGAACCCACCUCGCCCCCGGCAUGCUCUGCGCCGGUUUCCUAGAGGGGGGAACGGAUGCUUGCCAGGGUGACUCCGGGGGCCCGCUGGUGUGUGAGGACCAGGCCAUGGAGCACCGGCUCGUCCUGCGGGGUGUCGUCAGCUGGGGCUCGGGGUGCGGCGACCGCUACAAGCCCGGCGUAUACACCGAUGUGGCCAGCUACCUGGCCUGGAUCCAGAAGCACACUGCUUCCUGACCUCCCAGGGACGCGUCUUUUUCUCCUGUGUGGUCCAGUUGUGGGAGGAUGGCUGGGUUCCCUGAUGGCCGUUAAGGAUUGCGUCCCAUUCCUCCUGGAGCCUCCAGCCUGAGCCAGGCGUGGCGUAUGUACUCAAUAAAGUGCUUGGAAAAUGCUUGAGAGGAGCAGCCCUUCAGGGAUCCCACUCGGAAAUGCCAAGGCAGAAAACCUGUGCACGACUUCUCAGCCCUUCAGAGAGCGGGGUCUGUGAGGUCUCAUCAUGCAAGAUUUAGGUUCACGCUAGCUAACGUUUAUUGAGCCAUGCUGUGUACCAAGCCCUCCUCAUA